AUGUCGACUGGAGUCGACAAUCUAUCCCACGAAAGCAAACCUGACGAUUUAGCAUCGGCCGCUCGCCAUCGAUCAUUUUCGCGGAGCAACGGAUCCGCUCUUUCACAAUCAACCGACCCCGGUCGAAUCUCCGACAAACAGCCCGCCAACAUGGCACAGACCCAGAGAACGCGAUAUGUGAAGACGGGGGCGAUCAUUGUCUUCGUCUUUAUGGUUUUGAUGUGGCUCUCACCCUCUAAGCCUGCUGUCUCAAGUUUCAACCAAGAGAAACCCCCCUCAGGCAGUGGUGUCGCGACUUCGCAGAAAUGCACCAAGCCAUUCGAUUCCUCCAAGCCUCUUAUCCAAUAUGCUCUCAUGAUCGAUGCCGGAAGUACCGGUUCUCGCAUCCACGUCUACCGGUUCAACAACUGCGGCUCCACCCCCGAACUCGAGAAUGAGGUCUUCGAACAAACCAAGCCCAAGGAAGGUGGCUCCGGUCUUAGCUCUUUCAAGGAAGAUGCUGAGGGUGCGGCUCAGAGUCUUGAUCCUCUCAUGGAAGUUGCUCUUAAGUCGGUCCCCGAGGAGUAUCGGUCAUGCUCCCCAGUUGCACUCAAGGCCACUGCCGGACUCCGUCUUCUGGGCCCUGAAAUGAGCGACAAGAUCUUGACUGCAGUGAGACACCGCCUGGAAACUGUCUAUCCCUUCCCUGUUGUCUCUAAGGAGAAGGGUGGUGUCCAGAUUAUGGACGGUUCUGACGAGGGUGUCUAUGCUUGGAUCACCACCAAUUACCUUUUGGGUAAGAUCGGUGGCCCUGAUGAGACUCCUACCGCUGCUGUCUUCGACCUUGGUGGUGGUUCCACUCAGAUCGUCUUCCAGCCUACAUUUGAGAAGAGCAAGGCUGGCGGUAUGCCCGAGCAUCUCGCCGCUGGCGAUCACAAGUAUGAUCUCAAGUUCGGUGGACGCGAAUUCGAGCUCUACCAGCACUCCCACCUCGGCUACGGACUUAUGUCUGCUCGCGAGGCCAUGAACACCGUCGUCGUGGAGAACAUGCUUGCCCACAGCCCUAAGGACCUCGAAUGGGUCAAGCAGCCCAUCCAAAACCCUUGCAUUGGCCCUGGAAUGAAGAAAGACGUCACUCUCAAGUUCCCCGCGGAUCACCCUCUGGGUCCUAGCGUCAAGGUCCAGAUGGUCGGUCCCAAGGACCAGUCCAUGGCUCCCCAGUGUCGCGCUAUCGCUGAGAAGAUUCUGAAGAAGAGCGGAGAGUGCAAGCUCGCCCCCUGCUCCUUCAACGGAGUCCACCAGCCUUCUCUCGCCAAGACAUUCGCCAAAGAAGACGUUUACAUUUUCUCUUACUUCUUUGACCGUACCGCUCCUCUCGGCAUGCCCGAGUCCUUCACCCUAGAUGAGCUUCACCAGCUGACUUCUACCGUCUGCGCUGGCGAGAGUCAAUGGAAGGCCUUCGAGGGGGUUGAGAACGCGCUUGAGGAACUGCGCGAUCGUCCUGAGUGGUGUAUGGAUCUGAGCUUCAUGGUGGGUCUGUUGCACACUGGUUACGAAAUGCCUCUGUCCCGUGAAGUGAAGAUCGCCAAGAAGAUCAAGAACAACGAGCUUGGCUGGUGCCUCGGUGCUAGUUUGCCCCUCCUGAGCCAGGAAUCUGGCUGGACUUGCCGUAUCAAGCAAGUCGCCUAA